AUGCCGAUCGGUAGACCUCGGAUCCCUGGCACCGAGGCGGAGAGGGCAGAGGCACGCAGGAACAAAGUCCGUGCAAAUGUCCAGGCUUUUAGAAGGCGCCAGAAAGAAAAACAACUCGCCGAACAAAUGAUCCGGAUGCAGACUAGGGAAGAUGGUCUGCUCCCAAAACAUCAGACGCUCGCAGGGCAGCAGUCGGCCAUCGCCAUCCUCCCUCACAGCUGUCCACGAGCGUGCGAGCCUUCAGCGUUUCCUCCGGACGAUCCUGAAUUCUGGCUAUGGGCCAUACCCUCAGAAAUGGGCGUAAGGCUUGUGGGCUCGACAUACCACGUUGCAUUCGUCCAUGCUCUCAAGAAUAGAUUCGUGAAGCUUCAAACAGUGCGCGAGCAAGCAAAACAUAGGGCUGAACAACAACUGUCAAUAUGUUGUUCGACUUGGACCUCAACAGCAACCCUCGAAAUUGACAGGUCUGAAACAGCAGUCCUAAUGGAAGCUCUGUUGGCUGCUUCUUUGGCCAAAGUUGGGAAAGAGCGCAAUGAACCAGAGAUGGUCCUCCAAGGUGCCUAUAUGCACAACCGUGCAUUGCAAAGACUCCGGUACUCGCUAAAAAGGUAUCAAGAUGGCGACACGACUGUUUCCCCGACAUUGUUGUCUUCGACAAUGCUGAUCUGCGCCAUGUCGGAGCUGAUCACGCACAAGUCCUGGGACAACUUCAACUGUCACUUGUUGGGGGUGGGGGCUCUAAUAUUCCAUUAUGGUGCCGAAGGUUUGAAUCAGCAGGCGUUUCAGGAGCGCUUUUACGGGUACCGUGCAAUCCAAACACCGUUCUUGUUCAUGAAAAGGCAGAUGUCGUUUCUGUCCGAGUCGCAGUGGAUCGACUUUCCUUCGAAAGAAGAAGUGGAGCUUGCUCAACACCCCUUGCAGUCGAUGCUCGACAUUGCCCUCAAGGCGUUACCAGAGCUUGUCGAGGAAGAGCCUCCGAAAAAUUGGAGCCUUGAUCGCCUCAAAGAGGGAUAUGGAAAGGUGGGCGCAAUCGUGGCGGAAUUGACUGCUUGGGAGCGCCAGCUACGAUCACAACACGGUGGGAAUCUAUACACCAAAGUCAAGGCCAGCUGGGAAGGUGUGUACGAGCAUCGCCUCGACUUCCCCAACCCUUCGAUUGCCGUUACAUUCGCCAUGUACACGGCCGUAAAAAUACAGGUCGCAAAGUUUGUUGCCGACCUCUCAGAGGAGAUCGCCUCCCGCGCGUCCUUGAAUGACAUAGACCGAAGCUCAGCUGUUCUGGAGGCAUUGCGGUGGGCACACCUUGCAUGCGAGAGCCUCGAGUACUUCCACACUGGCGAACCCGAAGUUGCUGGACGAAUUGCAACUCUGUGGCCACUCGACACGGCAUGGGAGCUCUUUACACAGCUGGAAGCGGAAGGUUCUCUGGAUAUCUCGCAAGAAAUCGCAUGGUGUCGGUCUGCAGCUGAACGGUCCGCAAAUCUUGGAGUCCCUCCCUUCCAAUGGAGGUAA